GACCGCCUGCUCGACCCCGCCUCGCCCUUCCUCGAACUCUCACAGCUGGCGGGCAUGGGGGUCUAUGAGGAGGAGGUGCCGGGGGGGCAUUGUGACGGGCAUAGGGCGGGUGGGCGGGCGGGUGAGUGUGAUAGUGGCGAACGAUCCUACAGUGAAGGGCGGCACGUACUACCCCAUCACGGUGAAGAAGCACCUCAGGGCGCAGGAGAUCGCCGCCCAGUGCCGCCUACCCUGCAUUUACCUCGUUGACAGUGGAGGCGCCAACCUGCCCCGCCAGGCGGACGUGUUUCCCGACCGCGACCACUUCGGCCGCAUCUUCUACAACCAGGCGCGCAUGUCGCGGGACGGCAUCCCGCAGAUAGCGGUGGUGCUGGGCAGCUGCACGGCAGGGGGGCGUACGUGCCGGCCAUGGCGGACGAAAGCAUCAUCGUGCACCGCCAGGGCACCAUCUUUCUUGGGGGGCCGCCGCUCGUCAAGAGAGGAGGUGACAGCGGAGGCGUUGGGGGGGCGCGGUGCACAGCAGAGUGUCGGGUGUCACGGACCACCUCGCCAGAGACGAGUCGCAUGCCAUUGCCAUCGCCAGGCGCAUACUCGCCUCGCUGCCCUCCUCCCACCCCUCCUCCUCAUCCGCGCCUCAAGCAGCCCCACUCCCCCCCUCCCCCGCCGCCCCCCCUGCGUGGGAGGAGCCUCUUUUCCCCCCCGAGCAGCUGAGGGGGCUGGCGCCCAUAGUGGGGGGGGAGGGGCGCAAGGGGAAGGGCAGGGGGCGGCGGAGGAGGGGGCGGCGGAGGCGGGGGGGGUGGACAUGCGGGAGGUGAUAGCGCGGCUGGUGGACGGCAGCCGGUUUGACGAGUUCAAACGCCUCUAUGGCUCGUCGCUGGUGUGUGGCUUUGCUCGCCUGCACGGGCAGGCGGUGGGCAUAGUGGCGAACAACGGCGUGCUGUUCGUGGAGUCGGCGCUGAAAGGGGCGCACUUUGUGCAGCUCUGCGACCAGCGCCGCACCCCGCUGCUCUUCCUGCACAACAUCUCCGGCUUCAUGGUGGGGCGGUCGGCAGAGAGUGCGGGCAUUGCCAAGGCAGGAGCCAAGAUGGUGAUGGCCGUGGCAUGCGCACAGGUUCCCAAGAUCUCGAUGGUGGUGGGCGGCAGCUUUGGCGCGGGCAACUACGGCAUGUGCGGCCGCGCCUACUCGCCCGGCUUCCUCUUCCUCUGGCCCUCCGCUCGCAUCUCAGUCAUGGGCGGCCAGCAGGCGGCAGGGGUGUUGGCCCAGGUUGAGAAGGACAAGAGAGCUCGUGAUGGCAAACCGUGGAGCGAGCAGGAAGAGCGUGCCUUCAAGCAGCGCAUCGCGGCGCGCUACGACAGCGAGGGCUCGUCGUUCUUCUCGACGGCCCGCCUGUGGGACGAUGGCAUCAUCGACCCCGCUGACUCGCGCACCGUGCUCUCCCUUGCCCUCACUGCUGCUGCCAACGCAACGCCCGCUGCACAGACACCUGCUGAGGCUGGUCCCAGAUAUGGAGUGUUCCGCAUGUGACUUGGAGAUGUCUGCGCAUGGCAUAUUGACAUGGUUGUAUAGUUUUACUCUGCUCGGUCCAGCGCUUAAUUUCGGCGCCGUUGCGAGGCGGCCUGGCUACAAUAAGUGUUUCCAGUUGCUUGUACCGACUGUGUCCCUGUACACUUACCUGCUUGUACAUAGAGCUUAUGCUUAUGCUUCUGACAGCUGUUAUCGUAUCAUCU